UUGCAGUGUUCUUGUGCAGGGUCAUUUGAAAUACGACUGGUUUCACUGACGCUUGGCUCGAAAAAGGAUUUUCGGCCUGAAUUCAGGAUUUGCUUGAAGCAGUUCGAGAGGCGCAUUAGCCAUAAUGGUGAAUGUACAUUCGGUGAAGUGACACUUGAUGCAGAGCGCCUACGCAACAGCACCAAGAUUGAGUUCCAGUUUGGCUGGCCGGUCUGUCCUCAUUCUAUUACUCAUCUAUUAUUUGCUUUACACAGUUGCCAGGAAUUACGGUGCUGAGG